AUGGUCCACGCACACCAUCACGAACACAAGGUCCGCCUUGAGCAGCGUGACCCCAAUCCAGAUGGAGUCACUGUGUAUGUUACGGCAGAGCCGACCUUCACUGGCGCGAUAGGCGGAUACUCUACUCAAGGACAGGACGACACUACUGAGGCUACCGAGACCGAGGCCGCUACCAAGACUGCCAAUAACGUCGGUGUCGGUGCGCCUGUCCACCAAACCCGAUCAACCACAGAAGAGGAAUCGUCGGCGACUGCGACAGCCACAGCAACCGAGACCGAAGAUGAUGAAACGACCACAACGGAUGCGUCUACUCGCACCACCGCGACUUCGACCGUAGAGCCUACCGAAGCGACGACUAGUACGGCUGACUCCACGGCCGACACCGAAGCAACAUCAUCCGUCCAAACUACUUUGUCGACAAUCACGACCAGUGCCACGGAGUCUGAUGGCAGCGCGACUUCCACCUACAUCGCUGACCAGUCGACCGCCACAGGCUCUAGCGCUGCUGCUGUUGACUCUGGUAUCUCUUCGGGCGCUAAGGCUGGAAUUGCGAUUGGAGUGAUUCUUGGUGUUGGAUUGAUUGCUGGGUUGAUCUUCUUUUUCAUCUGGAAGAAGAAGAAGCAGCAGCAGCAGCAAGGCCAAGGCCUGGAAGAGAACAAUACGACGGAUUUCAACGAGAAAUCUCCGGUUUACACCGCACCUUCUCUCCAAGAGCGUUCGCCAGCUCCAGCUCACGCUCCACAGCCCAUGGCCCAACCCAACGUGCCUCAGCUCGAUGUUCGCCCUGUAACUCAGUUCGCCCCCGACUUGACUCCCAUUCAAGGUGGUAUCACUCCUGUGUCCACAGUUAGUGCCGCAGGUGCUCUUGGAUCAGCCGCCGCCGUUUCGCGCAACCUCACUGGAAAUUCUCCGCCCCAGACCCCGCAGUCAGGUAUUAGUGGCCGUGAUCCAUUCGGCGAUCCAGUCAACCCAUUCGGCAGCCAGGCGGAAGUUCAUUCUCGUCCUUCUACUGCCGGUCAUCAGGUAGAUGGCCCGUCUCCUGUUUCACCGGUUGCUCCAGUAUCUCCAGUGCCUACGCCAGCAGCUUGGCCUUCCGCUACAGCUUUUGCCGCCGCCGUUCCUCUGCCUGACUCCCCUGCAGUUCCCAAUUCCCCGGAACCUGUGUCGCCUACUGCUCCGUCGACAGCAGGCAAUGAGUCCACCAACGCUGCUGUCGCGACGGCCGGGAUUGCUGCGGGUACUGCCGCUGCCGCUGCUGCUGCUGCUCAGAGCGCUGAUACCGACGCGGCUAGCCGCCCUGGAACCUCCGAUUCGGAAGCCUCGUCUAUCCCUGCUCCCACAGCUCCCAACUCCAAUGUGGUAGACCCAGCUGUGGGCGCCGCUGUCGCUCCUCCUGGCCCCGGCCCUGCCGCGCCGAUCAAUGUUCAUCGCGUUCAAAUGGAUUUUACUCCAUCAAUGGAGGAUGAAUUGGAACUUCGCGGCGGUCAACUUGUAAGGCUCCUGCACGAAUAUGACGAUGGAUGGGCUCUCUGCGUGAGGCUCGAUCGUUCCCAGCAAGGAGUCGUCCCUCGCUCUUGUCUGUCAGCUCGUCCAGUCAAGCCCCGUGCAAGGCCGCCACCUGGAGCUGGGCCGGGUCCUGGUCCCCGUGGACCUCCUCCUGGCCCGCCUGGCCCUCCAGGACCUCCCGGUGCUCCGGGCUCCCCUAGGAUGGGCCCGCCUGGCCGCAUGCCGCAAUCACCGCGCUUCUACCCCGGAGAUGGCGGCAGGCCCGGCUCACCCUCUUCGCGUCCUAGAUCUCCCGCUCAAGCAAUGUCUCCUGCACAAGGUCCCUACGGACCUCCUCCCCCGCAUGGUCGACCUCAGCGUCCAAUGUCUCCUGCUCAGUUCCCUGCAGUUCCAAGGUCACAAUCUCCGGGCCCUCGACAGGCGCCGCCCCGUUCGAUGAGCCCCGGCCCCUACGGACUUCCCGGCUUGCAAAGGCCGGAGAUGCCGGCGGCCAACCAACGUCAGCGUAGCAACAGCACCGGAGGCGCUCUGCAACAUCCUCGAGGCCCCCCUGCUCCCAGCCCGAGUCCUCUGGCCGCCCCAUCUGCGCCGCCACCCACUAGUGCACUCCCAGCGAUCCCUACAAACCCUGCACCCGCUCCAUCCAGUGAUGCAUGA